AUGUUAUUUGUUUUAAACGUUAAUUUUUUUUUUUUUUUCUUAUUUUUGUUGUUUUUUUUUUUAGGUGUAUAUUUUCAUAUGUUGAAUUUAUCUUUAAUCUUAACUUAUAAUUUUUUUAGUUUCAAUUCUUGUAUCUACAGAUUUAUUUUUUUAUUUGAUUGGUUAAGAUUAAUUUUUUUAUCAGUUGUUUUUAUAAUUUCUGGGUGUGUCUUUUUAUAUAGUUUAGGUUAUAUAAGGGGAGAUAACUUUAUUAUUCGGUUUUAUUUUUUAGUCUUUAUAUUCAUUUUAAGAAUAUUUUUUUUAAUUAUUAUACCUGAUAUUGUUUGUUUAAUAUUAGGUUGGGAUGGUUUGGGAUUAGUCUCUUAUUGUCUGGUUAUUUAUUAUCAAAAUUUAAAUAGUUUAAGUUCAGGUUAUUUAACUUUAUUUAUUAAUCGUUUGGGUGAUAUAUUUUUAAUUUUAUGUAUUUGUUGUGGUUUUAAUUAUGGUUGUUGACAUUAUUUAUAUUUUUUUUCUUUUAAUAGAUUAAAUUAUUAUAUAUUUAUUUUUUUGGUUUUAUCUUGUUUGACUAGGAGAGCUCAAUUUCCUUUUUCUAGUUGACUACCUGCUGCUAUAGCAGCACCAACACCAGUUUCUUCCCUGGUUCAUUCAUCAACUCUUGUUACUGCAGGAGUAUACUUAUUAAUUCGUUUUAAUAAAUUUAUUUCAAUUGAAUUGAAUUUAAUUUUAUUAAAUUUGAGUUUGUUGACUAUUUUACUUUCUGGCAUGGGGGCAUUAUACGAAAAUGACUUGAAAAAAAUUAUUGCUUUUUCUACUAUAGGUCAACUUAGAUUUAUAAUUUUUUCAAUUUUAAUAGGUUCUCAUUAUUUAAGAUUUUUACAUUUAUUAAUUCAUGCUGUUUUUAAGUCUUUAUUAUUUUUAUGCUCUGGAAUUUUUAUUAGAGGAUUUAUAGGUAUGCAGGAUAUUCGGUAUAUAGGUAAUUUAGGAUUUCAAAGUCCUUUAAUUAGAUCAAGUUUUUUAAUUUCUUUAUUUAGAUUAUGUGGUUUGCCCUUUUAUUCAGGUUUUUUUUCGAGGGAUUUUAUUAUUGAAAUAGUAAUUUUAACUGAAAUUAAUUUUAUUUAUUUUAUUUUAUUUUUUCUAUCAAUUUAUUUAACUUUAAUUUAUUCUUUACGAUUAUUUUUUUAUUUAUAUAUAAAUAGGGUUAAGAUAAAUUUAUUUAAUUUUGAAAAUGAUUUUUAUAUAAGUUCUUCUUGUUUAAUUCUUUUAAUUUUAUCUAUUUUUUUUGGAUCGAGACUUUUUUGGUUAUUAGAUUUAAGUUAUAUUAAUGUUUUUGAUGAAAUUUAUAAAUAUUUAAUUUUAUUUUUUUUUGUUUAUUUUUUUAUUUUAACUGAUAUUUUUUCUUUAUUUAAUAAAAAUGUAUAUAAUUUUUUGGGGUUUUUUAUAGGGCAUAUGUGAUUUUUACCUUUUUUUUCUUCUAAAUUUAUUGUAAGUAAGUUUUUUAAUUUAAGACACUUAAUUUUUUUAAUUACAGAUUUAUGUUGGACAGAGUAUCUGGUUUCUUUAAAUCUAAUUAAUAAAUUACGUUUUGUAAAUAUUUAUUUAAAUAAAUUAUUAUUAAAUUCAUUUAAGGUUUAUUUGGUGUUUUUUAUUUUAAUAUUAUUUUUAAUAAUAAUUAUAU